AUGGCUGAUCCCGCCCUCGCAGGCCACGACCUAGAAGAAGCUGGCGACCCCUCCUUCCCCCGCCAACACCACGACUCGCCUUCCUCGUCCGCCACCGAGGAUUACCUGACCUCGUCCUCCUCCAGCAACAAUGUUUCCCACCACCAGAUUCCCGGCGUGUCGGCCGAGCUGGAAAAGACAGACACAGUACACCAAGUACCCUCACGGCAAUCAGUAGUCUCACGUACGCAAUCGCGCGCGCAGUCCGCCCUCUCGACCGUCCGCUCGCGCCGCCCCGUCCCCGCCUUUUCACAUCCACUCUCCCACGUAAAAACGGCUCCCGACGCGCUCGUCGAGUUUGACGGCAAGGACGAUCCCUACAACCCCAUGAACUGGCCUUUCCGCAAAAAGGUCAUUACGACCUUGCUCUAUGGCUUCACGACCAUGGGCGCCACGUUCUCGUCCAGUGUGUACUCGCCUGCCGUCGAACAGAUCGCAGAGCACUUUGGUAUAGGGACUGAAGUAAGCACUCUGGGGGUGGCUUUGCUGUUGUUCGGCUUUGGCCUGGGCCCUUUGAUUUGGGCGCCGCUCAGCGAGGUGUAUGGGCGUAAACCGGCGGUGCUGGCGCCCUAUUUCGUCGCAGCUAUGUUUACUUUUGGAUCGGCCACGGCGAAAGACGUGCAGACGGUCAUGAUCACGCGCUUCUUUGCGGGGUUCUUUGCAAGUGCUCCGAUUACCAAUACCGGUGGUGUGCUCGGUGAUAUCUGGAGUGCAGAACAGCGUGGCGCGGCCAUCGUGGGCUACGCCAUGGCGGUGGUUGGCGGCCCAACGCUGGGACCUAUCAUCGGUGGAGCAAUAGUGCAGAGCUACUUGGGCUGGCGAUGGACUCAGUAUGUUACGGGCAUACUUAUGAUGUUCAUACUGACGCUUGACGUGAUCCUGCUCGACGAGUCUUACCAGCCUGUGCUGCUAGUCUACAAGGCACGGCGUCUACGACACGAAACCGGCAACUGGGCCCUCCACGCCAAACACGAAGAAUGGGACGUCAGCAUGCGGGAGCUCUCGCGCAAAUACCUGGUGCGGCCAUUCCAGCUCCUAACGACGCCAAUCUGCUUCCUCAUGGCGCUGUACGCCUCCUUCGUCUACGGCAUCCUGUACGCGCAGCUCGCCGCCUUCCCCGUCGUCUUCGAGCAGGACCGCGGCUGGAACCGCGUCGUAGGCGCACUCCCCUUCCUCGCCAUCCUAAUCGGCGUCUGCUUCGGCGCCGUCGCAAAUAUCGUCAACCAGAAAUACUACACCAAGCGCUUCAUCGCGAACAACCGGCGGCCGGUGCCGGAAGCGCGUCUGCCGCCCAUGAUGGGUGGCUCGCUGUUCUUUGCCGGAGGGCUGUUCAUCUUCGCCUGGACCGCUCGCCCAGAUAUCCACUGGAUCGCGCCCAAUAUCGGCGCCGUUUGCGUCGGCGUCGGCUUUUUUACCAUUUUUCAGGCUGCGCUGAAUUAUCUCAUUGAUACGUUUCAGGCGAAUGCGGCGUCGGCUGUUGCGGCGAAUACGUUUUUGCGCUCGGCGUUGGCGGGCGCUUUUCCCUUGUUUAUUACCCCGUUGUUGCGUGCUGUGGGUGUCGAUUGGGGAGUCAGUAUUUUUGGGUUCGUGGCUAUCGCGCUCUUGCCGAUUCCGUAUUUGUUUUUUGUCUUUGGGCCGAGGAUAAGAGCGAAAGGAGAGUUUUCGCGGGCGUCUGUUAUGUAG